AUGACCGACCUCACCCCCCUCAAACCAACCUUCACCCCCUCUUCAGCCCCCGAAUCCCCCUCCGUGUCCUUCACCCUCAAAGUCCUCUCCCUCAUAGAGCACGUCGAAGGCGGCUACUUCGCAGUCACCCACGUCAACCCCACCACCAUCCCCUCCCCCUACCCGCAGACGCCGCUCUCCCAGCAGACAAUUGACCUCGUCGGCGGCCUCCCCGCAGACUUUGAUCCCGCCGUCCGCCGCCUGUCCACGACAAUCUACUACUACCUCACGCCGAACCGCCCCCAGGGCUCGUUCCAUCGGAACCGGAGCCGCAUCAUUCACACCCUCCACAAGGGCCGUGGCCGAUACGUCCUCAUUCAUCCAGAUGGCCGCAUUGAAUCCUUCAUCGUUGGACCCAACAUCGACAAAGGCGAGAAGUUGCAGUGGGUGGUUGAGGGCGGUGACUGGAAGGCGAGCUUCCUUCUGCCUGACGUUGAUGGCGAGUCGAGCAGUGACGGCUUGCUCAUCACCGAGACCGUUGUGCCGGGCUUCGAGUACGCUGAUCAUGAGUUUCUCUCUCGCGAGCGCUUAGCAGAGAUUCUUCCAGAGGAAAAGGCCAAGGCGCUUGAGUGGCUCGUUAAGCAUUGA